AUGGUUUCUAAUUACAACAACUUAUACCCCGCUGAUGGAAGCACAUUCGACAUAUGCCAACAGAAGGCUUAUGAGGACGGCACCACUGCACUCCAAGACCUGAACUCUCUGGCGACAGACCAUGAGUUAUCCACUGUAUUUGAUGAGCUCCCGGAUAAUGGACAUGGAAGUGACGACUUUUGUCACAUGUUUAAGACCGAAGAUACUUUCCAAGCCCCUACAGAUAGAGAAAUACUGCCCGAUAGUAAGUUCCACCAAAUUGAGGUGGAGGAGAAAUCAUCAAUAUCACCCAUUUCACCCUUUGGUGUCGAAAACAAUACCCAACAGAUAUAUUCGAAGCAGAAGACAGAAACUUCAAAAGAAAAGGCACAAAGCGAUCACAAUGCCGAGGUGGACUUACAAGCGAAGAAGAAAGCUCAGAAUCGUGCGGCCCAGAGGGCUUUUCGUGAGAGGAAAGAAGCAAAGCUAAGAGAGCUGGAACAGAAGUUACAAAUGAGUGAAAGGGAUAAAGAGUCUUUAUUAAAAGAAAUCAAGGAAUUGAAGAAGCAAAAUCUAGACAUACUAACUAAGACCAGUCGCUCGAUAGAACCUGGAAGCUCUUAUCGUUCAAGCCAUAUCAAAUCUCGCGCUAAUGCAAAAUUUACUUUCCCUAAUGAACAAGAAUUUUUUACUAAUGUAGUAUCAGAUAAGCAUUCGACAGACCCAAUACCACAGCGGUUUAUUUACAAGGAUGAUAAAGGAAAGAAAGUACUCACAGUGUCUGCUACGUGGGAAUACUUACACAAUAUGUCCCACCAAGUUGAAUUCGAUGUCGAUAUGGUCUUAACACGUCUGCGCGGUCGUGAGAUUUGUCAUGGUCACGGUCCUGCAUACAACAAAGAGCUCAUUGAUGCUAUCCUUGAUGAAUGCGCACUGUGA